AUGGUGCCCCUCACGUGGGAGCCGAAGAUGGGCAAGUCAUCGAAGGAUAAGCGAGAUGCAUACUAUCGUCUUGCCAAAGAAGAGGGAUGGCGUGCACGAUCAGCAUACAAGCUGCUACAGAUCGAUGAGGAGUUCAACCUUUUCGAAGGAGUCACAAGAGUCGUUGAUCUUUGCGCUGCGCCAGGUAGUUGGAGUCAAGUGCUCUCCCGCGUCUUGAUCAAGGAUGAGACGUUUGGACGAGCAGGAUGGGAGCAAAAGCAAGCAGCGACACGGCGACAUGUUCUUGGAUUGAGCAACGAAGAGAAGGAAGAAAGCGCAGCUCCAGCCGUUCAGCAGCCAAAGCCUAAGGAAAAUGUCCGCAUCGUUGCGAUCGACUUGCAGCCCAUGAGCCCUCUCGAAGGUGUUACAACAAUGCGCGCCGACAUAACACAUCCAUCUACCAUUCCACUUAUGCUGAAGGCCUUGGACCCGGAUACCUACGACCCCAGUUCGAGUACCUCGUCUUCUCCCGUUGAUCUUGUCAUCUCAGACGGUGCACCAGACGUAACUGGUCUGCACGAUCUCGACAUCUACGUUCAAAGUCAACUCCUAUGGGCAGCGCUGAAUCUCGCGCUGUGCGUACUUAAACCUGGCGGCAAGUUCGUCGCGAAGAUCUUCCGCGGUAAAGAUGUCGACCUGCUAUUUGCGCAGCUCAAGAUUGUAUUCAAGAGAGUACGCGUUGCAAAGCCUAGAAGUAGUCGAGCGAGCAGUAUCGAAGCUUUCGUCGUGUGCGAAGGGUUCUGCCCACCGGAAGGAUUCAAAGCAAGUCUGGAUAAGCCACUGGGUGCUGGAACACAACUGCCUACAGACACCAACACGCAAAAGAAUGAGAAGAAGGCUUCACGAACAGUCAGAGCGGAUUGCGCUGUUGAGCUGGACUUUGGCACAGAAGAUGAGGAUGAGGAUGAUGUGGAAGAGGGUGGUCAGCGAUGGAUAGCACCUUUCCUAGCGUGCGGUGACCUGUCAGCGUACGACUCCGACGCGACAUACAAGCUACCCAAGGACAGAGUCAGUCUAGAUCCGGUACAGCCGCCUACAGCACCGCCGUACAGACGUGCAUUGGAGAUGCGAAAGAUGGCUGGUGGCGCGUAUGGGAAGACGAAAGGCAGGGCGGUUAAAGAGACAGUCUGA